AUGUAUGAAGUUCCGUAUGAAGACAAUUGUUCAAAAUUGACGUUAGGUUGCUGUAAUCUAAUACAAUAUCAUAUUGAUUUUAAUAAACUCAAAGGAUUAGUAACUCUUAUUCUAGAUGUAGUUAUUAUAGAUGAAACUGUUAUGGCAAGUAUGCUUUCUACGUGUACCCUACUUGAGGGUCUGACCUUAGAUGCCUGCAAUGUUGUUUCAAAUCUAAUUGUUACUGGUCCACCAUCUCUUCGUCUGAAAAUGUUGAAAGUGCGCUAUUGUUCUACAAAGAAGAUUGAGAUUUCUGCUGCAAAUCUCAUUGCAUUUGAUUUUAGUGGAGACAUUACGCGUAUUUCUUCCUUCAGCGCUCCACGAUUGUUGAAGGUGCGUUUUAACACAGGUACUAAAGCCAGCACAUUUGCACAUGGACUAGCCCAAUUCGCCUCCCAUCCUUGUCUAGAGAACCUUUCUCUUAUUAUGUACUCUAAUACAGUGAAAGAAAUACCCCAAAGCAUACCAUUAUUCAAGAAUCUCAAAGAAUUGAACAUGAAUGUCUGGAACUCAAGUUAUGGCUCAGAGGAGGAUGAACUCUUGUGGGUUUUUUUUGUUCUCAAGGCUACUCCUCUUUUGCAGAAACUUGAACUUACGGUGUGUGCGCAAGACUUCUAUGAGAACCAACUAGAAAUACGGAGUUUCUCUGGUUUUUCACAUGAUCAGUUGAGACAAAUUGAGAUGCAUGGGUUUGUGGGUAACUGGUAUGAAGUUGAGUUUGCGAUUUAUAUGCUCGAAAGCUUAAAAAAACUCGAGUUAAUGGUUAUCGACCCAUCUACGAGAUGUUAUCGCAAUGGAAUGUGGGCCAAUUAUGUAGAUUCUUCUUGGGAAGAAAAACACAAGCCAAUUGUCCAAGACAAACUUGAGAAAGUGAAAACGAGUGCUCAACUUAGAAUCUUAUAA